UAAUAAAGUCUUUUUAACAAAGACGAGAUAACGUAUUUAAAGGACGUCAAGUAAAUAGUAAAGCGACUAUUCAUAUACUAUAAGGUUAUUUAAAAUCGAAAGAGGAAGUUAUUUAUUUACAUAUUUUUGGAUUCUAUAAAACUCAUGAUCAGUGACGCGUUUAUCUCUUUCAAUAUAUAUCGAUGAAUCAAAGACGCUUAUUACGUAGUGAGCAAAAUUGAAGACAUUUGAUUUAUAUGGGAUAUUAAGUAAAACAAGUAGAACAAUGGCAGCUCACUUUUUAUCAACUUCCCAAGAGCUAAAUACAACACCAGAGUCACUAUAUUCAAAUGCAUCGACAUCAGACGACUCAUUUGCAUGUUCGAGCGAAGAAGAAGGCGGACUUAGGUACAAGAACAAUUUAGACGACUCUGACGAAUUUGAAUGCUAUCAAUGUUACUCAGGUAGAACAAUGGCAACUUGCGUCUUGCGCAUCCAUUUAUCAACUUCCCAAGAGCUAGAUAUAUCAUCGGAGUCACUAUCUUCAAAAUCAUCGACAUCUGACGACUCAUUUGCAUACUCGAGCGAAGAAGAAGGAGGUCUUAGGUACAAGAACAAUUUAGACGACUCUGACAUUUGUGAAUGUGAUCAAUGUUUAUCAGGGGCUUAUAGAAUAUCAUCGUGUGGAAAAAGGAAAGUGUGUAUGUUUAUUUCAUCAUUAAAGAAUGAGAUUACAGACAUGCAAGAAAGCAAAAAACAUCUCCAGGCAGAUUUGAUUAAGAAAGAUAAAGAAAUAAAGGAUAAAAAUGCGAUGAUUGACAAAUUAGAAAACCAAUUAAAAAUUAUACAAGAACUUGAAGAACAACUCAAUGAAAAAGAUCAAAAUAUAACUGAGACAAAUACAUUUUCAAUUAUAACUUUAAUCAAAUCGACGAUAUUGUUAGAUGUCAAAUUAUUUUCUAAUUUUAGAAGACCAGAACUUGAAGAAAAACUGAAAGAGAAAGAUAGAGAUAUAAUAGAGAAGAAUAAAGUGAUUGCCGCUUUGGAAAACCAAUGCAAAUUGGAGAGUGACAAACUUGAGCAAACAUGUAAAACAAAUAAUGAAAGGAUACAAGAACUUGAAGAAAUACUGAAUGAGAAAGAAAAAGAUAUAAAGAAGAAAAGCAAUGCAAUUGAAGAUUUGGAAAAGCAAUGCAAAAUGGAGAGUCAGAAACUUGACGAAAUUUAUAAAGCAAAUAAUGAAAGGAUACAAAAACUUGAAGAAAAACUGUGUAAGAAAGAUAGAGAAAUAACAGCGAAGAAUCAGGCGGUUGCAACUUUGGAAAGUCAAUGCAAAAAGUAAGUUUCAUGCAGCGAAAGACAUUAG